AGCCGAGGUUUUGUUACUGACCUAAGAUUCUUACGAUAAAAUGUUCCAAAGCCUCAAAUAUUGCCUGGCCUCUACAACGUAGCUGGAUUGAGGCGAAGUGGCGCCCGAGAGCCGCACAAACGUUUGCCCGAGACACUUGCAAUUUCAUUAGCCGAGUUGUUGCACGACGGGGCGGUGCAGCUGAAGCACUCCGACAAACGCUGGCUGCCUGGACCAUCUCUGGACCAUCAUUGUUCAGCGUGGGAUAAAUGGCAUCACCUCAACACGACCCAUGCUGUACAGAGAGGGCAUCAUUCUCAUGGCGAAAAGGCGAAAACGUCUGGCAGCAGGGAGCGCAGCUCGCUAAGUGUGCUGCCUUGCCGACGGACCUGGAUGCCGACAUUGUGAUCCUCCUGGCGAAUGCAGACAAGGUCCGAGAAUGCCCUUCAUGUCGACUCGCCUUCGCCCAGACCUUCCGCAUGCCUGAGCUGUGGUGGACCACGUAUUGCCGGAAAUCGAAUGGCUACUUUGGCUGCGAGACGGCGAGCGGCGACGAUGGCAGCAUCGCAGAGAUUAAUACUUGGACUCGUUUCCUCGUGAAGCUGUUGGACGGCAAAGGACAGCAUAAAUGGUACAAGAUGAACAUCUUCGUCCGAUGGCUCUCGACCACCCAACAGACCAUCGUUCUCCUCUUUGAUGCGCCGCCCGCGUUGAAAGACAAAAUGCCCACGCCGCUACUGCAAAAUCCCACCAUAAAUCAUCUAGCCGACCCUUUCUGGGUGUACCCUCUUCUCAUCGAGGAAGUCAUCAGUCUCCAAGACGUGGCCGUUUGGACCACGCGCACCCACGUACGGAAUGCGGAAAAAUACAGGAUGCAGACUGACCCGCCAACGCCGAAUUACUCUCACCUGCACGACCUUGCGAGACACAUAAUCCAUGUUUCCGAAACCCUCGACCUCGCCGUCAAAACCAUGGGAAGCGUGUUGCAGCAGCACGCGUCGUUUAUGAACGAUGGCUCGAGUACCCUCCCGAAGAAAGCUGCCUAUCGGAACGUGCACGAACGACUGCUGUUUUUCGAGCAAAUAUUCGAGGGCCUGCGGUGCAGAUCGUCUUCCAACAAGGAGCGUCUGCAGAACGAGAUCCAGCUCGCUUUCAACGUCGUCGCAGAAUACGACGCAGACAUAUCGCUGCAGAUCGGCCGCGCGACGCAGUCAGAUAGCGCGGCCAUGAAGACGAUCGCGUUUCUGACCCUGGCCUUCCUCCCAGCUACGUUCAUCUCGGCAAUCUUCAGCACGUCGUUCUUUUCAUUCGACGCUGGCAGCGGCGGCUGGGGAAUGUCGAGCAAGAUCUGGGUCUACUGGGCGUUUGCCCUUCCAGUGACCUUUGUCACCUGUGCGCUGUGGUACUUUUGGCAGUGGAGGUUUGAUAAGGCAUGGUCGAAUUCGACUCGCGCGAAUAAUGGGAGACUGCAGCUGCAAGAGAUAGUAUCUAAUUAGGUGGGUAGAUUAUAGAGACGCGAGGUGAGAUUAAAACGUAAUGUCCCCCCAACUGUCGCCUUGGUUAAUCUUGACGUGGUUCCCAAAUGAAUUAUUUGC